AUGUUGAGACUGAACCCUUCCCCUACGGGUUAUGCCCAUGGCCAGUACGAGAGGCAAGUUGGCCAAGAGAGUCGGAGUGCUCUUCGGCGGAAGAAACGUGUUGUUUUGCCGAACUCUCGCCUUAACCAGCCCACCCCCUGCCACUGUCGCUUUCCUGAAGCACGGUCCGGCGAGUUAGGGUUCGUGCACCUACGUCUCCG